CCAAAUUAAUUUUAAACAGAGAAAAACAUCAGAAUGGCUGAAAAAGUAAACCCUGGGCAAGUUUUUAACCUACUAUGCAUCUUCUCGAUCUUCUUCUUCGUCUUCGUGUUAUCAGUGAAUGUUUCGGCUGAUGUCGAUUCUGAGAGAGCGGUGCCAUCUGAAGACAAAACGACGACUGUUUGGCUAACUAAAAUCAAACGGUCCGGUACAAAUUAUUGGGCCAAACUUAGAGAGACUUUGGAUCGUGGACAGUCCCACUUCUUUCCACCGAACACAUAUUUUACCGGAAAGAAUGAUGCGCCGAUGGGAGCCGGUGAAAAUAUGAAAGAGGCGGCGACUAGGAGCUUUGAGAAUAGUAAAGCAACAGUGGAGGAAGCUGCUAGAUCAGCGGCGGAAGUGGUGAGUGAUACGGUGGAAACUGCGAAAGAAAAGGUGAAGAGAGUGACGAAUCAGCCGGAGGGUACGGAUGAGCUAUAAAUACGCUGUGGUUUUUAGCUUAUGGGUUUUACUUAAUCCCAUAAAAUAAUUAGUGUGUUUGUUUCAAUUGAAAUCAAAACGACAGAGUUUUGGGGGAGUAUAUUUCCACAUCGUCGAUGUUUGUUUCUCUUGUUUGCAUUUUGCAUCACAUGGUUUCUCUGUAUACAACGACCCAAUCCACAUCACUUAUUAUCGUUCUUCUUUUUGUCAUGAAUAUAAUGAUAUUUCAGAUUUUACA